UUGAGUUUGUAGUAGUUCUGCACAAUGAGGGCCCUUACUGUUGUUGCCUUGGCUUUGCUCAUUUCUUGUCUUCAGACAAACAGCAGAGUUGAAGGGGACCCUGCUGAGGAGAAGGAUAACAAACAGGAGAAUGUCGACCCUGAUGUCCGGGCUGAGCUUAAAGCCCUGAAAGAGAUGGUGGAACAGCAGAGAGUGGAGCUGGAGAAAUAUAAAACCAAGACAGGGGAGCGGGGGACAGAGAGUGAACCCGUUGAAGCCAGACUGAAGCCUGAGGAUCUGACUGAAAGUGAACUCCAGGAACUGAAGAGCAAAGGUCCAGGUUUAGCUGCAAAGUUGUCAGUUGAGGAAAAACUGACAGGUGACCUCCCCGUCAGAUACCCCCAGACAGUCACAGACAGACCAAAUGUAGCAUUCACAGUUGCACUGACUAACUCAGGAAGAGUUGGUCCUUUUAAUGCCGACACUACACUGGUCUUCAGUAAAGUCAUCACAAAUUUUGGAGAUGCCUACAACCCAAUCACAGGUGUGUUCACAGCCCCGGUUAAAGGUGUGUACUAUUUCUACGCCAAUAUAUUUGGUUACUUCAGCGAAAGGUGGAUGGGUGUUGCUUUUUAUAAGAAUCGUAAUAGCGUUUUUACUCUCUAUGAUACUUCAAAUGGAAACCAUGAGUAUGCAUCAAACGUUGCCAUUCUGCAGCUGGAGAAAGGUGAUGUGGUUUAUAUGAGGCUAGUUAAGAAUCAUGAGAUUUAUGAUGACCCUUUGAACCACACCACUUUCAGUGGCUUCUUACUUUUCGCCAUUUGAUGUGUUGAUGACACAGUGAUUCAGAGAAGACAAAUGUCAGAUUUCAUGCAUUACAUGAGAAUUACCCUACAAGCCUAAAAUAAUGUAAUGAUGUACACACCCUCCCCCAAUUUUUAACAAAGGAAUGAACCGAGGGAAGGAUGCAAUAAUGUAAUAAUGAAUAAUGGAAGAAUGGACAUUUUUGGACAUUUUUGCUGGCACGCAGCACCACACAUGCUACUAAUGUGUGCAUCUGUGUAAUCGACAUGUGUAUCAUUGUAAUGUCUAAUAUGUGUACUAUUUGUGUGGAUGUUUUGGCAUAAUCUUGUCAUUGUUCCUUCACCAAGAUUUUGUGUCACCUCAGAUUUUGUUGUACUGAAUAAACAUGAUAAAUAAUUGUUUGAAAUGAAA